AUGGAGAAUCGGACCAAAGUGCGCCGACGGGUGCUGGCUUGCGCCCGUUGCAGAAGACGCAAGCUUUCGUGCGACUACAAGGUACCUGCGUGCACGCGAUGUGUCGAGGCUGGCGUGCAAUGCGUCGGCUUUGACUCUUCCACGCAGCAGGAGGCGCCGCGCAGCAUUGCAGACUUUUUGGAAGCCCACAUUGCUCGGCUUGAAGGCCAGCGUAGCCAGGCGCUGCUGCAGGCUCAGACUCAAGCGGGUGCCACCAUUUCUUCUCCCGCAGAUUCGUUGGAGUCUGAAGCCAAGACGGGCCACUACCGCCCAGAGAGAUGUACCUUUGCAGACGAGCUUGUGAACCAAGUCAUGGAGGAUAUCACGCCUUCCUUCCUAGGCAUCACAAAAGCCAGGCCUCUCCUCCAGUGCGUUGUCAGAGGCACCCGCCUUCCCUCGAAGAAAGGGCCCGUGGGCUCAAAUGACUUGGACGAGAACCAUCCGAGAUCCAUCCUCAACCCUCAAACCACCCAAGGACUUUUCCACAAUCUCAUGCCUGACGAGGUGGGCGCCAACACCUUGCUGCAGAACUAUCUCGACCGCGUCAUCACACAGUACCCGAUCUAUCACCGCGAUGAUGUGACAUCAGCAUUCAAUUCCAUCUUCCACAAGACGAAAUCAACGUCUGGCGAGGAUUCGAUCCGCAACCGCUACAUAGUCUGCAUCAUCAUGGCCAUCUCACUAACCACGAGUGCGCGAAACCAAGUACAGAAAGCUAAUGACACUGCUUAUCAACUCGUCAGGCACGCUAUGCAGUGGAUUCCAGACGUGGCCACAAAUGACAUACCAGGCUUGCAGGCCAUUCUAAUUCUAACGCAGUACAUCUUCCUGAACCCCAAAAUGGCUGACUUGUGGCUCCUGACCGGUCUCAUCAGUCAAGCUGUCAUUGAUCUUGGAUUGCACCAGGAGCUACCCAACCACCCGAGCGUAUCAGCCUACCAGCGCGAUAUGCGACGUCGUCUAUUCUGGUGUGCAUGGGAAAUGGAGGUGGGAGUAUGCUGCAUCUUUCUGCGUCCCACUGCCUUGCCCACAAGACGCAUCGAGGUUGCCUUUCCCCUGGAAAUUGAUGAUACGGCCAUCACUCAGGUCAGUGUGGACCUCUCUGGGCGCGUGUCCAAGUUCACCCAACGCAUCAUUUGUCGAUUUCGGCUUAUGGAAGCAGAAAUCGUUUCAGUGUUGUGGCAUGGUGCCGACUUGCCCCGUGAUUGCUCGUCCCUGGAGCAGUGGAUGCAAAAAUGCAACACUACCAUGGAGGAGUGGCACAGGGAGAUUUAUGCAUCCUCAAACGCCAACAGAGACCGAGGACUAGUCGCCCGAUGGCAUGAGAUGUUAUUGUACAGUGAAAUCGCAGUCCCUUACAUACGAGUAUCCCUGAAUCGGUCAUCCCGUCGGAUACCCAACCCAACCAUGCCGCAAAUGAUGGAUGCACUAGUUAGCGCUGUCAAGGUAGCUGAUGGCUACCUCAGGCAGUCUGAAGGUGAAGCUGGCAAGAUCAAAUACGUCUUCCAUCCCUGUCAUCAUGUUUUCAACUGCGCGCUGGUCUUCCUCCAGGGUCUGCAACGUUGCAAGCAGCAAGUCGCCGCAAGCUAUUCGUGGCAGCAGGUCGAGGAAUGGAUGCUCCUCUUCUCCAAGUGUUUUCUGGCCAUUGCUGAGCGAUGGGCCGCGGCAAAGCGAUGUCUUGAGGAGUACGAGCGGUUGUUGGCCCCCAUCAAGAAAGAGUACGAGGAAUUCUUGGCCCAAAAGGCAAGGCUACUCCCACCAGCCCUGCGUCCAGAGGUAUCAAUGACUGGCCUUGGCGAUUUCGCAUUGCCAGUCGCCACCCCAACAGAAGUUGAUGAGGCGUACAAUCACUGGAACGUUUACAACCCGACGAGAGGAGCCACAGUUGAUGGUGUUGAAUUGCUCACAGGUCCAACACUCAAUAAUGUCCCCCCAAGGAACUGGAACGCAGAAUUUGCUCUCGAUUGA